UAUUAUUUUCACUAUUUCAGUCUAUAUUUCGUCGUCAUUGAACUGACGACCAAAAAACAGAAUCUGCGACACUGUAGUAUCAUUUGUAAUCGGUGGAAUCUAUGUAAGAAGAGCCCGAUAAGACAGAAGUAUAAAGAAUCAAGAGAGCUUUUUACAAGUCAAAUUAAUACUUUACAACACCAUGAAUUUUUCAACUAUCAUCUCUGCUACUGUCGUUCUCGCUCUCUCCAUUUUCUUGCUUCAAUGGUCAAAAUUUGGAAUAACAACGACAUCUUUUUCAUCUUCGAGAGAAUUAACGGCGGAUUUGAUAGUGAAGAAUGGGGUUAUUUUCACUAGCGAUGAUUCCUUGCCUUUUGCCGAUUCUUUCGCUGUUCAAAAUGGCAGGAUUCUUCGCGUUGGGAACUAUUCCUCUCUUCAGGACUUAGCAGGAAAUGGAACUAAAGUGGUGAAUCUUGAAGGAAAAUUAGUUGUUCCUGGAUUCAUUGAUUCUCAUGUCCACUUAAUUUUUGGUGGACUUCAGAUGAUACGUGUGGAGCUACGAGGUGUAAAUCAAAAAGACGAAUUUGUGAGAAGGGUCAGAGAUGCUGUAAGAAAUUUAAAAGAAGGUUCCUGGGUACUGGGUGGUGGAUGGAACAAUGACCUAUGGGGAGGAGAAUUACCAGCAGCCUCUUGGAUUGAUGAUAUUGCACCAAAGAAUCCUGUUUGGUUAACUAGGAUGGAUGGUCAUAUGGGCUUGGCUAAUUCAGUAGCAUUGAAGUUAGCUGGGAUUAAUAAUUUGUUAGAAGAUCCAAAUGGUGGAACAAUUAUGAGAUCUGCUAAUGGAGAACCUACUGGACUGAUAAUAGAUGCUGCAAUGAAACUUAUUCUCAGCUAUAUCCCAGAGGUCUCAGUAGAUGAAAAAAGGGAGGCUUUGCUUAUUGCUGGUAAUCUUGCCUUGAUGAGUGGGGUGACAACUGUUGUUGAUUUUGGAAGAUACUUUCCUGGGGCAUCAGUAGAGCAUUCGUGGGAGGAUCUUUCAGAUGUAUAUCAAUGGGCUGAUUCUUUAGGCAAGAUGAGGAUCAGGGUUUGCUUAUUUUUUCCAAUGGAAACAUGGUCACGCCUAUCUGAUCUUAUUACAAAAGUAGGCCGUGCUCUGAGCGACUGGAUUUACUUAGGUGGUGUUAAGGCUUUUGCUGAUGGAUCGUUAGGUUCUAAUAGUGCACUGUUCUAUGAGCCAUAUAUUGGGGAGCCUCACAAUUAUGGCUUGCAAGUGACAGAUGUUGAGAAUCUUUUCAACAUGACUGUGGCAUCAGAUAAAGUUGGACUUCAGGUUGCCAUUCAUGCUAUAGGUGACAGAGCAAAUGACAUGGUCCUGGAUAUGUAUGAAUCAGUUGUGUCUACAAAUGGAAAAAGGGAUAGAAGAUUUAGGAUUGAGCAUGCCCAGCAUUUGGCAUCUGGAACUGCUGCUCGAUUUGGUGAACAAGGGAUCAUUGCUUCAGUACAGCCAGAUCACCUACUUGAUGAUGCUGAUUCUGCAAUAAAGAAGCUUGGUAUGGAUAGGGCUCAAAACGGAUCUUAUCAAUUCCGCUCACUUCUAUCUAGCAAUGCUCAGUUGGCUUUAGGCUCUGACUGGCCAGUUGCAAAUAUUAAUCCUUUGGGAGGCAUCAAGACAGCAGUCAAAAGAAUACCUCCUGGUUGGGAAAAUGCCUGGAUCCCAUCUGAGUGCCUAUCUCUGAAAGAUGCAAUAAUUGCGCACACAAUUUCAGCAGCUCGUGCAUGCUUUCUUGACUGCGAUCUGGGAUCUUUAUCUCCGGGGAAGCUAGCAGAUUUUGUCAUACUGUCCACCAAUUCUUGGGAUGACUUUGAAACCGAAGCAUCUGCGGCAGUCGAGGCAACGUAUGUAGCUGGUGCACAGGCUUAUCCCUGAAAGAAGGGGACAUCAAACAAAUCCUAAAAUAGGGAAAUACCUUUCAGUGGCAUCUUUUAAUCAUGUUGGAAACUAGUGGUGCAAAUGAAAUUUUCAUUUGGUGGCUUCUGCACAAGUGUCUGUAUAUGUCGUGUUCAUUGGAAUCUAAUACAAGAAAAAUGUUUAUAUGUUCAUUACGGUGUUUAUCUUGAAGUACAUACAGACAUGAUGCCUUUUUUGUAC